CUCUACAGUUCUUUCUCCAGCUUUUCUAUUUUUAGCUCCUUCACUUCAUUGUCUGAUCCAAUCACUGUUGCACACAUGUUGAUGUUGCUAUUUUGGAUUCUGUUUGUGUUUUUUUAAUUAUCUGGAAAAAAAUGCCUCUGGAUCUAAUGAUUUUUUUGGAUAUUGCUUCACGGAUCUCUGUGUUCAGCUGUGGGAAUUGGGUAGUGGUUGUUUGUGAAGGGGAAUGUUGUGAUUGAUUUCACAUUUCUGUUGCUAUUUUCUCUUUGUUUUUGUUUGAACUCUUUGGUGGAGUAGUUUGGAUUUUCUAAAAAAAGGGUGUUGGGGAAUACAGUUGAGAGGUACAAUUGAAGCAACAAGUUUGAGUUUUUUGAUGAGUAAUUACUUCUUGAUCUCAAUUCAAGCUUUGAUUUCUAAACUGGUAUGUUGAACUGCUUUUAGUGGUUUCAUUUAAUACUUUAUUUUCCUCUCCUUCCUUUUUGGGUUGAACAGAAAAAAGAAAGAAUUUUUCUUUUUCAAGAUUUCCUACUAUUAUGAAUUUUAGUAUCAUAAAUUCUUGGAUUAGCUGCUCACCCAUAUGAAUCUCCCAAUCUUUCUUUAUAAUUCAAGAUUGUUUACAGUUUGAAACACAUAUUAAUAUAAUGUUUGCUGAUUCCUCUCUCUCUGUUUGUCUCCUUGUUUAAGAUGUGCGGCUUAGGCGGGGUGUGAGAUCUUGCUAAGGCCUAAUUGGAUCCGUCCUCCGAAAGUGAAAUGGAUCCCGAACCAAAGAAAGGGGAUGAUUCGCCAUCGAACUCUGGCAACUCUCAUGGACCAGUUCAUCCUCAAUCACCAUUCCCGGAUGAAGUGUUGGAGAAAGUCCUGUCGUUCGUAGAUUCGCAUAAAGACAGGAGCUCAAUCUCGCUUGUGCGCAAAGAUUGGUAUAACGCUGAGAGAUGGACAAGAUCAAAGCUUUUUAUAGGAAAUUGCUAUGCUGUGUCACCAGAAAUAGUGGCUAGGAGGUUCCGAAGAAUUAAGAGUGUUACGCUUAAAGGGAAGCCGAGAUUUUCGGAUUUUAAUUUGGUACCACUGGAUUGGGGUGCUAAUGUGUACCCUUGGUUGGUUAUGUUUGCCAAAGUUUACCCUUUCUUGGAGGAGCUGAGGCUUAAGAGGAUGACCAUCACCGAUGAUGGCCUGGAGCUCUUGGCGAAGUCAUUCCCUAGCUUCAAGGCCUUGUCUUUGUCAAGUUGUGAUGGAUUCACUGAAAAUGGGCUCAAAGCAAUUGCCAGUCAUUGCAGGAACUUGACUGAGAUCAACAUACAGGACAGUAUAACAGAGGAUGUCGGUGGAGGUUGGUUGAGUUGCUUCCCGGAAAACUUUUCUUCGCUGGAAAUACUAAACUUCUCUAGUCUUAAUGGUGAUGUAAACUUUGAUGACCUGGAGAGACUUGUUAGCCGGUGCAAACUAAUGAGAGUUCUGAAGGUCAACGAGAGCAUUACCUUGGAUGAAUUGCAACGGCUGCUUGUGCACGCUCCUAGACUAACAGAGCUCGGCACUGGCUCCUUCCUGCAAGAACUCACGCCUCGCCAAUAUGAAGACAUUGAAACUGCUUUUUGUAAUUGUAGAAAUCUCCAGGUUCUUUCGGGUUUGUGGGAAGCAACUUCCGUAUAUCUCCCUCUUCUUUAUGGAGCUUGUGCCAGCCUGACUUUCUUGAACUUGAGGGUUGCGCCCCUCCAAAGUGGUGAAUUUGCAAAGUUUCUUGCCCACUGCCCCAAUUUACGAUGCCUUUGGGUGAUUGAUACAGUCGAAGACAAGGGGCUCGAGGCUGUUGGUUUGAGCUGUCCCUUGCUCGAGGAGCUACGGGUCUACCCUGCUGAUCCAGAUGACCGGGAUCAUCAUGAUGGGGUGACAGAAUUGGGUUUCUUGGCAGUGUCUCGUGGAUGCCCCAAACUCCACUAUGUUCUCUACUUCUGUAGGAGAAUGACUAAUGCUGCUGUUGUGACCAUAGUGCAGAACUGCCCCAAUUUCACCCACUUCCGUCUAUGCAUUAUGACCCUGGGCCAACCAGAUUAUCUCACGAACGAACCCAUGGAUGAGGCCUUUGGCGCUGUUGUCAAAACCUGCACGAAAAUCAAGAGGCUUUCAGUUUCAGGCCUUCUAACUGACCGGACAUUUGAGUACAUUGGCAAGUACGCGAAGGAUCUUGAGAUGCUGGCGGUUGCCUUUGCUGGCAGCAGUGAUUGGGGGAUGCAGUGUAUCAUGGAAGGCUGUCCUAAGCUGAGGAAGCUUGAGAUCAGAGAUUGCCCCUUUGGAGAUGCUGCCCUGCUGUCUGGACGAGAGAAGUAUGAGAUGAUGCGAUCGUUGUGGAUGUCUGCGUGCAGUGUGACCAUGAAAGGCUGCAGACUACUCGCGAGGGAGUCUCCUAGGCUCAACGUUGAGGUGAUAAGAGAGGAAGGAGGCGACGAAAACCAAGCCAUCAAAGUCUACGCCUAUCGCUCUGUAGCAGGGCCAAGGAAGGAUGCCCCGCCAUUAGUUCUCACACUUUGACAGUUGAAGGGAAAAACAUUCUUGAGCAACAUUUCUCUAUAUGAUUCGGGUCGAAAAGUUAUGGAAGGUUUUCGAAGAAGAUAUAAAUAACAGAGAGGAGGCAAGUUGUGAAGCUUCCAUGGACACGAGGCCUCCAGUUAUGAAUUUGUAGGGUGGCAUUUUCUUUUAGCAAUUCUUGAAAGAAUAGUAAAAAUUCAGAUGCAAGAGAAGAUUUCUGCACCCUUUAGUUGAUUUUUUCCUAUGUUUCUUGUUGUAUUGUCAAUGGCUUGAGGCUGUUAGAAUCGAACGAUUAACGAUGAUGAGGUGGCGCUGCGCGUUUGUGGCGAGUCUCGGCUCUGUCUGAAAGAUGAUCAUAUCAGAAAGGUAGAGCAGACUGGAAGUUGAAUGUAGUUUAUUUAUGGUGUUAGUUUUGUAACAUCAUUUUGUGUAAGUGCAUACUAAUCUUGGAUUAAGGAUGAUAAUGAGGUACAUUUGUUUUAGGUAA